GAGGCGGCCCCGCCCGCUCCUCGGCAGCCAAUGGCAGGGCGCGGGCGGCGCUGCCCCACAGCCCAGGCGGAGCGCGGCGCCGCGCAGGGAGCAGCCGGUUCGGGCGCGUCUCACGCUCCGGGCACCGCUCCCGCCUGAGCUGCCGCCCGCGCCGCGCCGCGCCAUGGACUCGGACUCCGGCGAGCUGAGCGAGGGGGAGCUGCUCUCCGCGGCGGGGGCAGAUCCAGAGGUGGUGCAGUGGCACGGAUCCACCCCCCUUUCAGUCGGUGACACUGCAGGACCAGCAGCCAGGGACUUUUUUAAAGUCCCCAAAUCGGGUCCUGAUUAUUUCAGCUCCAAGAACCUUGCACUGCAAGCACAGAAAAAGAUCCUGAGUAAAAUGGCUACCAAAACAAUGGCUAACAUGCUUAUUGAUGAUACGAGCAGUGAAAUCUUUGAUGAGUUAUAUAAAGUAACAAAAGAACAUACAAGAAACAAGAAGGAAGCUCACAAAAUCAUGAAGGACUUGAUUAAAGUAGCAAUAAAAAUUGGAAUCCUUUAUCGAAACAAUCAGUUCAACCAAGAGGAGCUGGAAAUUGUAGACAAAUUCAGAAAGAAGUUGAAUCAAACAGCCAUGACAAUUGUCAGUUUCUACGAGGUGGAAUACACCUUUGAUAGGAAUGUUCUUGCAGAACUUCUCAAUGAGUGUAAAGACCUGGUGCAUGAACUAGUAGAUCGACACCUGACGCCCAGGUCCCAUGGGCGUAUCAAUCAUGUCUUCAAUCAUUUUGCGGAUGUGGAAUUUCUCACUGCCCUGUACAGCCUUGAUGGGGAUUGCAGGCCAUACCUCAAAAAGAUUUGUGGUGGGAUCAACAAAUUACUGGAUGAGAAGGUCCUUUGAAAUUUUGCCUUUAAAAAACAAAAACAAAACACUCAGACCUAGACUUGCAGCAAACUGGCCACCCUUGAGAGGUGAUGGCAGAGGUUAUGAGCUUCCUUCCUACCACCUUCCAAGUACACACAGUCUUAAAGGGAACCAGAAUGUGCCCACUUUGCUCAUGGUGAAGAGAAACACUUUAAUUAGAGAGCUCUAAAUUAUAACUUUUUUCACAGGGAAUUCAGCCUUUUUCAAGGAGGGGAGUCAAUAAUGCAUUAUUCAAACAAGCUGACAAUAUGUCAUGACCUCAUUAGUGUUAUGUUGGAGGUUUGAUGUGUAAAACGCAUCUAAACCCAGACAGAGCUAAUGUCAAAGAUAAAAGGUAGAAAGAACAAUGCAUCUAACUGACUCCCGAACUGCCAGCAUUGUAUGUUUUCAUUAUUUCAAAAAGGAUUAAAGAAACUAAAAUGGCAAGUGGGGUUCUGAUGGGAAUAAGUUCUCUCCUUUCAAAAGUGUCAGCAACUGAUCUGAGAAUGCACCUCUCCAAUUUUGCAUGUUUUCUAGGACCAUUAAUAAAUAGCCAACAUAAAUAAGUUGGGGACAAAUGGGAAGAGAGUAGAAGAAGUUUCUUUAAGCAGCAUGUUCUCACUGGAGAUUUUUGUUUUUUGUAUAUGAGAAGAAACAUCCUUGUAAAUUUGUUUCUGGAAAACAAAUCAGUGACUCUGAACUCAAAUGUAAUGAAAAUGAAAAUAAGGAAGUACAACGCUGAGUCCCACAUAUACUGGCUGUGCACAUUUUGUUAAGUGCCACGGUACUUUCUUUGCUCAACUUUUUCAGUGCCAGAGCAAAAGAUCUCCUGAAAGACACCAGAAUAUCAGAGCUGAAACGCCUAGGAGAAGGAAAAAUAUUAGGGAAGAAAGUCAUCAUCCUCCACUUCUUUCUCCACUGAAGGACAGCUUACAUCUACAAAUAAUCAGAAGCCUUCAAAAGGCAGUAUAUAACUUAUGGCACAACUUUUCAUUCCUAACUUAGUAUGAGUCUAUAAUUAUUUCUGUGGAUAGUAAAAUAAUGAACUUAAAUGCGACAAACAGGGAACUCAAGCUGUUGUUUUUACAUUGCUAUGUAAGUGUCAUGUAUCCAGAGCUAUGUAAAAAUGACUUGUUCAUAUAAGAGAACAGCAGUGAAACUAGUGAGUAAUAUCAAGGACCUAUUGUUUCUUAUUUGGAUACAUAUUAAAAAAAGAGAGAAAAAUUAACUAUUGAAUUUAGAGGCACUGAAGAAAUUGCACACAGAAUUAUGAUUUCAGCAAGAUAACAGUCCUGGAGGAAAUCCAGAUUUUAUAAUCUGCAAUUUACAAAGCAUCACCAAAGGAGACAAGGUGACCUAGUGCUUAGAGCACCAAUCUUAACUCUCCUGCUGACCUGUAGUAAAUCACUUGAAUACUUAGUUAUUUAGUGCAUUGAUCUGUAAAUUCUCCCCUUUAAAAAUACUCUGAAAUUAUUGGCUAAGAAGUCACUGGGUAAUAGAGUGCAUCUUUGCUGUUGGGGAACUAAGACUGAGAAUACACCAGUAACAGAUCAUGUUGGUAGAAUUUGCUUAGCCUUGAAUUGUGGAGGUGUUUUUUUUUUAUUUUAGAGGAAGGGGGAAUAUGCUAUUGAUUCAUCUGAAGGCAGACUGUUAUGAAAAAAAUAUCUAGAAGUCAAUGUUAUCGAGUUUCCCACAUACAGCACACACAUCAAUCUGCAAUAGAAAAAAGAAUUACAAAGAAUUAUAGGAUAGCAUCCAUAAUGAUGGGACACCUUCACACAUUCAGCUGCUGGUAUCAAAAUAUCCACUGAAAUAUGUUAAAUUGUCAGUUUGGAAAACUCAUCCUCCACUAAAAACAAGUUGAAGUCAGUGACAGAACAGGGACAAUUUUAAACUGCAGCUGCCUGGAACAUUUUCAGUGAAGACAUACUGGUUUCUGUGAAGCUUUCUGUUAGGAAUAAGGGGGGAAAAGAGAACUAGGCAGACAAAUAAUUUAGGCUGCUGCUUUCUACGUUGGCCUGAGAAAUGAGACGCCCAGGUCCAACUCACUGCUCUGAAUCAGUCAGGUUUACAUAAACAACCUCUAUUUUGAAUCAGGCUAAAUAGGUGCUUAAAUCUAGGUCUCUGACAUUCCUGACAAAUGCCAUAACCUUCAGGCUAGGCAUCCCUUCCCAAACCAAGAAGUGCUGGUUUUAGUCCAAAAAUAGUUACUGCAAAAUGGAAUUGUCCUUCAGUCCACCCUAUUCAAAAUCCAGCUAGAACUAUUUAUCCACAACUUGGCAGAGCUGAAAAGUAUAUGGAAAAAUAUUACAAGUCCUAGGCAGAGAUUAAAAUGAUGAACCAAAUUCUGUUUUCCACCUUACUUAUCUAUAAUCCUAACUUUAUUACAGUACAUUAAUAUUUGUGUAAGGCUGCUGACAUUCAUUUAAAAGGUGUGAUUGGCUCUGAUCCCCAAUAUCAACAAUUGUGUGUUGUGCAAUUUUGGCAUUAGGCAUCAGAUCCCAUUUGCAUUAGGGAUCAGGUGCCCUACUUGUCAAUGCAGGGGUGGGGCUGGAAGCAUAAUCCUGGGCUCCCUGUGCACCAGCAAAUUGAAAUCUGGGUGCCUGACAGUCAACCAGUUGUUGGCUGGCUCUGGAAUGGCAUCGGGGGUCCAACCAGCCCCCGCCAAGUCCCCAAAGCUGCUAACUAUUCAGCUGCUAACACCAGAGCUAGUUGGAGCCCAGUAUGGUCCCAUCCUGGAUGACAAUCAGCUGAGUGUCAGCUGGUAGGGAUCCCACUGGGGCUGAUUAGAGACCCCAGCGUGGUCCUAACCUGGCUACACAUUCAGAAUACCCCAAAAAUAUUACACUUUUUGUGUGUAAUAUUCGUGUAGUUGAUUUUUUUGUGGCACCAUUUGUUUUUUUAACAUGUAGCCAAGUUAUUUAAGAUAAAUUAACAGGUCUUAAGUGUAACGUGCCAGGGGCCCAAGAGAACAACUUAGUAGCUCUAACCCUUAGCACUGUAGUUCCUUAACCAGUGGAUAUGGACAACCAUCAAUGUCUUUAAUAUAGCAGAAAGAUCUUGCGAAAACAUGAACAUACAAAUAAGCAAAAUAUCACUUAACUUACUCUGGGCUAGGUCCUACUGUUACCAAGGAGUGAAUCAGUGAGAAUGUGAUAGGUGGUUCCUUUGUGCUUGAAGGAGGAGAAGGGGGCAUCUCUACCAGUUGAAGUUGGCAUAAUUUAUUUUCUUGUCCAUGUGGGCUGACAGGCUCAGAUGGAGGCAGAGUCAAGAAGCUGCUGUUCCUCCUAUGUAAGAGUAGCUUGUGCAGUGGAGUGAUCUGGCCCCUUACACAUCCUUAUGUCUCUGUACAAAUACAGGUCAAAACUUGAAACUUUGAGAAGGUGCAAAAAGGAAGGGAUCCACAAGCAAGAAACUCCGUAGCAGUAUCAAGUAUGUGUACAUCUUUCUGCCUUAUAUAUCUAUACAUCCUCUGCUUGCAGACAUAAUCAAUUUAGAGUAUAUUUAAAACUCUUCCCUCUGUUAGCCCCUCUAGAACUUACUUUGACUCCUGAUUCUAAUGACUCUUCUGUUGAUAUAACACCUCCUUUUAGCUGGCACACAACCAAUAGUUAACCUUUACCAGCAAGCAAGAUGUCAAACACCAUUAUCAUGUAGUAUGCUACAAUAAUAAGAUAUAACUAAUUAUUAGAUGCAACUAACCCUUCAGUAUUACAGGAAGUUUCACGCACUUAAACAUUUCUCACUCAACAUAGAAUAUUUUUAUGUAUACUUUUAACAUUCCUUCCCGUAAAACUAAUGUUUAGUAACUGUUGAAAGAAUGAUCACAUUUUUUUUAACUAUCGACAUUGCCCCUAUAAAGCUGUGUGCCCUAACGCCCAAUGUUCAUGCUACAUAGGGACAAAUUAGUUGCAUAUGCAAAAUUAGAGGUGAUCUAUUUCAUCUUGACAGAGUGCAUUUCAGAAACAGGGAGACAAGAUGGCAUCAGAUUUAUUAUCCCAGGCUGCCCAAAUUGAUUUUCCCACCUGUUUCUAUUGAAUUUCUGAAAAGUCUGGUCAGAUGGGCAGGAAGUCUAGCCUGAUUUGCCUUACAUGAUUAAAAUAUAAGCAUUCAAUCCUAUUUAUGUGCACCUAUGGCAAAGUUUUGCUUCAGACAGUGGAUUUCUCAGAAUUAGAUUUUUUUAAUAGUAUAAUGCAUCCAAGACACAUGUUCCUGUGCACCAGACAUGUCAGAUUUCUGAAUGUAUUUUCUUCUAUUUGGAAAAAAAAGUAUGUAAAAUUAUGUAUGUGCCAGAAUAAAGCCACCAUUCAAAGAGCAAGACAGUUGAAAGAAAAAGGAUACUGUGUGUAUGUGAGGUUGUGUGUAUGUGUGUGCGUGUUGCAUAUCAGUAUUCAGAUUCUGGUAUUUUAGGAAAAAAACAGCCAAAUGUCUGUCAUUUUAUUUAUAAAUCUGAGUAGCCUUAAAGUGCAGAAAAAUGUUUUCAAGUAUUUCUCAUACUUGUAUAUCCUGUAUAUUCAUUGUUUACUUUUUUACUGGUGGCUCAGUAUGUAAAAACAUUUCCAAACUAUUGGUAAUGUUCAGGUCACCCAUAAAAUAUAUGAUGUAUUAUCAUAAUAUUGUGGAUUAAAUGAUAUGUGAUUACUACAA